AUGAGCAAUGAGCGGCGAGCUGGGAGCAGCAGCGAUCCCAGCACUGACUGGUUGUUAUUGGAUUGCAUUGGACGGCAUGACGAUUCCGGAUUCACCAGCGGCGAGCUUUUCCCAUGUUCCAUGACAUUGGGCUGGGCUGACGGGAUGGCGAUGGAAUCUAGGCCCAGCACAGACGCCCCAGAACACGCCCAGAACACGCCGCUAUUCCGAUGCUUCCACCCACCGUCCACUCUCCCGCUCACUUCUGCAGCGGCAAUCCUGGGGCAUAUCCCCUGGAUAUCUCAGCCCAGGGUUACACCUUCGCCUGUAUCUAUCCAUAUGUCUCACCUGGGACCUGCGGGAGGGCAACCAAGUGACGUGCGGGCUGGUCUUUGCGUGCGCGGCCCCAUCAAUCACAUCCGGGCACGACAUGGUGGCUCCUUAGCUGCGCUUCUGGUUGUCAAUGGCCAGCCAGCGAAUGACCUUUUACAACAAACGUGUGCGGAUACACGGCAGCACCAAUCCACAGCCGUAAUGCAAAAACGCCCGCGCCCAUCGCCACUGCAUAACCCGAAGGGUUGUUACCCAACCCAGCGCUGGCCCCAAGCUCCCGGCCAACAACAGAGCUACACGACUCGCUGUGCCCGAAACCUUCAAAACCCACAAAGUGGCCUAGUCCACUCGGUGGACGUUCCCAGGUGGAGCUAUUAUCCCACGAUAACUCGCAUAAACCAACCCGGCGGCAGGGCCAUGCCCGGAUCUAGGUGCCGGCCCGGCCCCUUGACCGUUCUAGGAAACCGCACGAACCUCUAG